UGCGAGCUUGGGGACACGCACGCAACGACAGCUUACGGAUCCCUAGCGCCCGUCCCUGGAGACGUCGACAUUCUUAUCGCGGGUACUUCCUGCGUCGACUAUUCCAAUCUCAACAAUGAGAAACAAGAUAUCGACGCGAACGGAGAGUCUGGAAGGACCUUUCGAGGGAUGAUGUCCUGGGUGAAGAAUCAUCGACCACCCCUUGUCAUCCUGGAGAACGUCUGCUCGGCGCCAUGGGAGCGCGUCGUCGAGUACUUUGAGAAGAAUAAAUACAGUGCCGACUUUUUGCGAGUCGAUACCAAGAACUUUUACAUACCUCAUACGCGAACCCGGGUAUACCUUCUCGCUGUGGACCAGCGAAAUUCUCAUCUUCCAGGUGACUGGAAGAGGCUUCUCGACAAGCUCAAGCGGCCCGCGUCGUCCACGCUCGAUGCUUUCCUGCUCCCCUCGGAUGACCCGCGCAUUCAUCAGGCGCGCGAAAAGCUCGUCUCUCAAAGUUACAACGCGGGUGACCGACGGACAGGCCGGACAGAUUGGGGCCGGUGCGAGUCCCGCCACCAACGCGCGAGGUUGGAGGAGCAGCUCGGCUCGAAGCGUUCGCUGACGAGCUGGGACGAAGGUGGUUUCUGCAAGCUUCCAGAUUUUGCGUGGAACGACUGGGGAGUCGGGCAAGUCGAGCGUGUUUGGGACCUUAUGGACAUUACUCUUCUCCGAUCUGCCAAGAAGGGCGUCGACCCAUCGUACAAGACGCAAGUAUGGAAUCUUUCGCAGAACGUCGAUCGAACCAUUGGGUCCAACAUAGCCGGCAUCUGUCCAUGCUUGACCCCCGCCAUGAUCCCCUACAUCACGAACCGCGGCGGGCCCAUGGUCGGCCUCGAGGCCCUCUCCAUGCAGGGCCUGCCCGUGGACGAGCUACUCCUGACGCGUGAAACGGAGGACCAGCUCGCCGACCUCGCGGGGAACGCAAUGUCCACGACCGUCGUCGGUACAUGCAUCAUGGCUGCGCUCAUCGUGGGCCGGAAGCUGCUCAAGGAAGGCAGCGACUUGAGCACGUACGAGUCCAGAAAUGACAUGUCGAUGGAUAUCGAUAGGGAGGACGUGCAGGACGAUUCGAUGGACAUCGACCAGGCGCUCGAUGACAUCCCCAUGGAGGAUCGGGUGUCCGGGGAGGACCAGCUCGUGGACCAGCCCUUGGACCUAGCGUCGACCGCCGCUGUUCCUCUUGCGACCGUCCUCGACAAGGCGGUCAAGAGCGCGCGUCUGUGCGAAUGUGAAGGCCGGAAGGACAUCACCGACCGCCAGGUGAAUCGCUGCAAGGACUGUGGGUCCUCGUCUUGUGUCAAGUGCGGCGGGAGGCCGGAGCACAACCCGGAGCCCGUCGACGUCCAGGCAAACCCACGGAUGUCCCCGACCGCAUUUGCGAAGGAGCUCAAGUCCACGCUGCCCAUGUCUCUUUCCCUAUCUAACGUCUCUCGAGCGCUGCUCGACAGCCUCAAGGAGGCGUCGGGAGUCUCUAUCCCGAGCAAGCGCUGGUCAAGCUGGUGCGAGGCCGUGCUCCGCGUCUCCCAGCACGAGCUGCGGUUCGUCGAGCCAAAGCGACAGGACAUCUGGGUGGCGACGUAUCGGUCUCCCGUCGCCUGUUUGGAGCUCUUGCUCUAUCCCCAGCAGCCCGAGUGGCGCCUGUUUGCGAAGCCGGAGGAGAGCGAGCCGGCCAACUCGGAGUUGCGCAGGCUGUUGGAGGCUCCUGUGGGCAGGAUGAUCUGCACGGACGGGCUGUUCGAGGGACGGUGGGACUUUGCGCUGCCGCAUAUGACGUCUGUGCGUAUCGCGAUUUCGGGUAGCGAGCCUGUUCCGUCGUGGGAGCAGAAACUUGGUUUGCAGGGCGAUGCGUUCAAAGAUAAGAUGGUCAAUUCGAGGCUUGAGAUUAGCGUUCCCCGGGAGGACGCGGUUCAUUUUGACAGGGAUAUCUCGGGUGUGUAUACCUUGUUGGACAAAUGCGGUACUGCGAACUCUGCGUUGCACAAAAAGACGUCUGACGAGCGCGACUCGCACUUGCCGCCGCUGUUCUUGUUGCUCGACCCGACGCGGUGCGGAGAUCCAGCGGAUGACUGCUUCGUCAUGUCUAUCAGCACGCGGCGUUAUGAGUAUGGCGAGACCCGGCCUCUUGUUUGUAAGUUUGAGUCGAAGUGGAGGCAGUCUGAUACUGUGGAAGAGCAGAGCAUUGCGUGCCAUAUUCCGCAGAAGUGGGUCGAGUCGUCUGGGACGCGUCUGGUGCCCGUGGCCGGCCACGAAGCGCACUUCGCCGUUCCCAGAGACCACCUGAACGUCAGCGUCUCGAACGACGCCUGCUCCAGUGCAAACGCCCUCCUCGUGUGCCGCGUUUCACUCCUCAACCAGGCAGGCCCGGAGUGGCCGCGCGGCGCCUGGCGCGAAAUCGACAAGGUACACGAGCGAGUGACGUUCAAGGCCCUCGCGUGGCUCAUCGAGCGCAUCCGCAACGUCGGCGACCACUUUGGCGACUGGCAAGACGCGGAGGCGAUGCACGACCACGUCAACUGCGAGCGGUGUGCGCCAACAGCGCCCGAUCUGCGCUGGACGAAGAACAAGAACAAGAUUGUGGCGAUUGAGGAUACGGCGCAGGCUGGGGAGUAUGAGCGUAGGCUGAAGCGCCGCCCCGCACCGUUCGUCACUCAGCUCAAGCUCGAGGAAAACGGCGUCGGGGUGGUCCGCAUUGGCGUCAAUGUCACCUCGCUCAUGCACCGGGCCAUGUCUCGUUUGCCCUCUGCAGGACGCACAGGGGAAAUCAAGACCUCGUGGCGACUGACGACCGACUUCCUCCCAGCAGCGAAGAUCAGCCGUCCGAAGUUCAGGCUCUCGAGCAACCGGCGCGACGUGCAGCACGCCCAGCCUCCGAGCUUCAUCAUUGACUUGCGUCCGGAGCAGUUGAGAUCACUUACGUGGAUGCUGGCGCAGGAGGAGCCGGACGCGCCUCCGUUCAUCGAGGAGGAAAUUUCGGAAGCAAUUUUGGAGCCGCUUGGGUGGAGGGCGGAAGGUCGCGCUCAGAGGCCAGUUCGUGUCAGGGGAGGCGUGCUUGCGGACGAGGUCGGGUACGGGAAGACCGCGAUCACGCUUGGGCUUAUUGACUGCACGUCGAAGAGCGUCGAGCAGGAUUUCAGGAAGGUGGAGGACAUGAAGGGCAAAAUCCCGGUCAAAGCGACCCUCGUAGUCGUUCCUCCUCAUUUGACCGGACAGUGGGGCUCCGAGGUGAAGAAGUUCACCGGAAAACGGUUCAAGGUCGUCGUGAUCACCACCGUUUCGAGCCUGAACUCCUUGACUGUCGAGAAUAUCCAGGAAGCGGACAUUGUCGUCGUCGCGUCCAACUUGUUCAAAAGUAUCGUGUACCUGGCGCACCUGGAAAUUUUCGCUGGUGCCGGGAGUCUGCCUGCUAAAGAUGGUAGGUACUUCAACGCGAGGUUGGAAAACGUGCUGGCGUCGCUCCGUGGACAGGUCGACCGGCUUAGAGAGGAGGGCGCGCGAGCGGUGAUGAGAAAAAUCAACGAAGGCAGGAAGCUAGACGAGGACGAGGCCAAUUUCCUCGUUUCCACAAAGCGACUUAAGGGUAAGACUUAUCGUCAGGCAGCCGAGGUCGCAGAAGGUGCAGCGAAGCCAAAGCCGGAACGUUCAGAGGCGAAGAGCCCGCGAACGGGGAUGGUCAUGGAGGUUGUCAUACCUCCUCUGCCCAAGCGCGGCAAAUCUCCCUCAGCGAUGAGCAUUGUCUCGUCCUCUGCGCCUGAGACGACAGACGGAGAGGACGAUUCGGACGUGCCCGCCAAGCCACGUCGUCGUCGAGGCUCUCAGAGGCGUCCGAUCAUGAUUUCCGACGACGAGGAAGAGCAGGCCCAGUCUGACGGCGACUUUCUGCCUGAUGAAGACCAGGACGAUCCAAGGGCCAGACGCUCCACGAAGAAGGCAAUUUACGUCAAACGCUCCAAGAAGUCGCACGAUUCGGAGUACGAAGAGUCUGUGGCGGAAGAAACCCAGUCCGAGGACGAGACGGCCUUGGAUGACGUGGUCACGUCCGAUGAUGAUGACUAUUCUAGCAGAUUGUCCAAGCCGUCGACAGCGGGGAAGGGGGCGAAGGGCAGCAAGAAGUCUGCCGCCACUUCGGACAGCGAUGCUAUGGACAUCGAUGAACCGUCGUCUUCAAAGGGCAAGCCGAAGAAAGCUAUCAAGAAGCGCAAGGCUCAGGAUGACGGCGAGAGGCCUGCCAAGAAGAGGAGAGAAGUCGAGGACCCGUGGAAGCUGGGGUCGCCCGCGGUGAAGAAGGACUGGACGCAGAUGCAGGCUCCGCCACUUGAAAUGUUCCACUUCUCCCGGAAGGUUGUGGAUGAGUAUACGUAUCUUGACGGCAAGGUCCACUCAAUGGUCACCAACAUCACGGCCGAGCGACACUGGGUGCUCUCCGGUACUCCCCCGAUCCACGGCUUCGGCGCGCUCAAAACCAUAUCCGCAUUCCUCAAUCUGCACCUUGGUGUGGAUGAUGAUGGUGAAGGGCAGUCAGCGCAGGUGAAGAAACGCCGCAUGGAGCAGACCGCUGUGGAGAAAUUCCACUCUUUCCGUGAGGUCCACAGUCUCGAGUGGCAUGCCCACCGCCACCAAAUCGGGCAAACGUUUUUGGAUCAAUUCGUCCGUCAAAACAUUGCUGAGAUUGACGAGAUCCCGUCAAGCGAAGAGAUCAGGAAGGUGGACCUGCCUGCUGCAGAGCGUGCGAUCUACUUGGAACUCGAGCAUCAUCUUCGUGCGCUGGACAUGACCGUCAAGCGUAGCAGGAAGAGCGAAAGCGACCGGGAAAAGCGAGUGGCCCAGGCACUCGGAGAAAGCAGCACUGCCGAAGAAGCCCUCCUCAAGCGCUGCUCACACUUCGAGCUCGACUCCUCUGACAAGGAGAACGCUAUGAAAGCGUGCGAGGUAAUCGUCCGCGAGCGGCGUGCACAGCUCGACAACUGCAAGCUCGAGCUUGAGAAGAUGAUCGCGGAGGCACUCAAGAAAGAGAAGCAGAUCGGCAAGGUCGAAACCGAGUCGCUCUUCCGAGAGUAUAUUCGCGUCACGCGCAACGAGGGCGUCGGAGACGAGGAUGCGACGGAGCAGAUGAAGAUGCUGCUCGACCAGGCGAACGUCACUGCUCCCCUUCAGGCGAUUACGAACAAGCAGAUCGACGCGCGGGGAAAGGGCAAGUCUAAGGACGAUAGUCUGCCGGAGAAGGUCAAGCGGCUCAUCUGGGAACACCGUGAGCAGACGCAUGGGAUACGCCGGCUGACGAAGGAGCUCGUGGGCCGCGUGCGGUCGUUGCGGUACUUCACCGCCGUUAGGGACUUGCAGAGGCAGGUGGAUGUGGCUCCUGUGGUGUCGUGUCCGUCAUGUGGGCGGGAUCAGGUCCCGAUCGAGGAGGUCGCGGUCCUCUCGUCUUGUGGCCAUAUGGGCUGCAUCGGGUGUGUGACAGAGUGUGCGGAAAGGGAGGAGUGCGUGUAUGCCGCGUCCGGAGCAUGCAAGGCCGCCGCUCGUGUACUGAAUGUCGUAAAGGGCGAUACCCUGGGCGUUGACGACGAGCAGCGCGAUGGGCAGGGCAAGCACUACGGCCUCAAGCUCGAGCGAGUCAUUCACCUCAUCAAGAGGGAGAUACCCAAGGAAGAGCGGGUCCUCAUCUUCGUGCAAUUCCCCGACCUCAUGAAAAAGGUCGCAGAGGCGCUCGCCGCGAACAAGGUCAAGUUCCUCGAGAUCCGGGGCACGGCAGCGCAGAUGAGCAAAAACCUCGAGCAGUUCCAGACGGACAGCGAGGAGCGCGUACUGCUGCUGAACGUCAUGGAUGAGAGCGCGAGCGGGGCGAAUUUGGCGUCGGCCAACCAUGCGGUCUUCCUGUCGCCGUUGCUGGCCGCGACGCAAGAGAUAUACGAUGCGUGCGAGACGCAGGCGAUCGGGCGGCUGAGGCGGUACGGGCAGACGAAUCUCGUCAACAUUUACCGCUUCCUCAGUACAAACACCAUUGACGUAGAGAUCUACGAGCAGAGGGCCAAGGUGAAGAUCUAGAGGUUGGAUGUACGUGUCUCGAUUUGGUGACUGUCGCUCUGGUAUUGCUUUCGUAGGAUUGGAACUGUUUGGAUUCAUGGCAAAGAGUCGGAUUGUUUUCGUGCAUCUCCAGUGCGCAUCUCGCUUUGAUGACUGUCGGUCCCGUAUCGCUUUCAUCGGAUUCAACCCCACGGAUUCAUACUCAGAUUAUCUCACAGCAUCUCCGCCCUUCAUUUAUGCUACAUAUAUAGUUGUACCUAUAUCCCGUUAUCAAAUAAAACCUCGC